AUUUAGGAAAUCAGUUCGCGACGGAGUCGAUUGAAGAAUAGGACUCUUCAGUUCAUUAGCUUCUAUAAAUUAAAUAAAUUUUCAAAUAGUGUGCAUAAUUGUUAUAAAAAAUGAAGUUUACUGGACAUAUAGUGACUCUACUAUUUGUAUUUAGUGUCAUUAUUACUGCAAAUGGAUACCAAAUUCUUGGGAUUUUUCCUUUGAAUUCAAAAAGUCACAACAACAUGUUCGAAGUUUUGAUGAAAAGUUUGGCGAAAGAGGGACAUGAAGUGGACGUAAUUUCUCAUUUUGAGCUCAAAAAUCCACCAAAGAAUUAUAAAACCAUUAUCAAUUUGAAUGGCACGACACCUGCUCUCGUUAAUAAUGUGACAUUUGAAAAUGCCUCCAACAUGGGAAUUGAUCCAAUUCCUCAUAUCGUUGAUCAAUAUGGUAACGAACUUUGUGAAUUAAUGGCUCUUGAAGAGAUGCAAAAAUUUAUCAAGAAUCCUCCACAUUAUGACGCUGUGAUUACCGAGGCGUUUUCAGCGAACUGCUAUUUUGGAUUUGGCUACGUCCUGAAAGUACCUGUAAUAGCUGUUAGCACGAUUUUAGAAUUUCCUUGGGCUGUGAGAGCAAUUGGAAAUCCAGCAUCGACUGCUUUCGUCCAAAAUGUUUUUAUGGACUCAGUAUUUAUUUCGACAUUUUGGGAUCGUUUGAAAAAUACAAUUAUUUUUCAUAUAGCCAACUAUAGAUUCUACAUGUAUGCAGAAAAAGUUCAGACGGAGGCUAUGCGAAAAUACUUGAGUCCAGAUAUUCCUGACCUCAGAGAAGUUGAAAAAAAUGUUGCUCUAAUGUUGACAAAUAAUUAUCACAGCUUAUUUGGUAUUAGGCCAGUGACUCCAGCUGUUGUUGAUAUUGCUGGCAUACAUGCAGAGGAAAAUGAAGAUAGAUUCACACCCGAAAUGAAACGUUGGAUGGAUGACUCCCACAAUGGUGUAGUUUUUUUCAGUUUAGGAUCAAUGGUAAUCGUCGAAAGUCUACCAACGGAGACUUUGCUUGAAUUUUAUAGAUCUUUUUCAAAAAUUGCACCUACCCGAGUGCUUAUGAAAAUCGUAAAUAAGGAUAAGCUACCUCCAGGUCUUCCUGAGAAUGUGCUUGUAUCUUCGUGGAUACCCCAAGUACCAGUUUUGAAACAUAAUAAAACCAAGGUUUUCAUCACACACGGGGGAUUAAUGUCAACGCAAGAAGCACUUUACUAUGGUGUUCCGAUGAUUGGCAUUCCUCUAUUUACUGACCAAUUUUCUAACGUUGAAAUUUAUGUUAGAAAAAAUAUGGCGAUUCGAAUCGACUACGAUAAAAUCAAUGAAGAGUCUUUAUACAAAUCUUUGAGUCUUAUUUUGAACGAUCCUAAAUUCAAGGAAGCUGCGAGACGAGAAUCCGGACUAUUUCGCUAUCGGCCAAUGAGUGCAAUGCGAACAGCUAUUUUUUGGAUUGAAUAUGUCAUAAGAAAUGGUGAGAAUUCUCUCAGAUCACCGGCUGUGGAUUUGUAUUGGUUUCAAAUUGAACUGCUUGAUGUUUAUGGAUUUUUAAUAUUCACAUUUGCCAUAUUUAUUUAUUUAUUUAUAUUUAUUCUGAAACUUUUUGUUUUGACAAUUUUUAAAAUUUUGAGAAAUUCCCCUUCAUCUUCUAAAAAAAGAGAUUAACUUCGAAAAAUAAUAAAUUAAUGUAUAAACAUGUAUAUGUUAUUAUUUGUGUUAUGCGAAUAAAGCAAAAUGU